UUGAGCACAACAAAAGCAAACUGAAACGGAAUGUGACUGAUAAUAUCGAAGAUAUUAUUGAUGGUCAAAAUUAUCAAACAUUUUUCAAACAUCCUGAUGGCUUUUUGAGAAAUCCUAACAACAUGUCUUUUCAACUUAACACAGAURGGGUGGCAUUGUUUAAGUCCUCGACUUUCAGCAUAUGGCCUGUAUAUUUAGUAAUAUGUGACUUGCCACCAAAGCUAAGAUAUUCAAGAAAGUAUCGGCUAUUUGCGGGCUUGUGGUUUGGUUACACAAAACCAAUUUUUUCGACCUUCCUGAGACCAUUUAAAGAUAUGUUCCAGCAAUUGUACGUUGAAGGAUUUAAGACUUUGAAAUCAAAGGAUUCAGAUGUUGAGUUAACAUGGCGCGGCAUAGUCAUCAGCAGCAGUAUGGAYGCACCAGCAAAAUGUUUGUACAUGUGUAUGAAGCAAUUCAAUGGGGAGUGUGGUUGUCCGUAUUGCAARGCAAAAGGUAAAAACUUACGGACAGAGCAAAAAGGCAACUGCAGGAUUUAUCCUUACAUAAAUGUGCAAAAUAGACAAACCGAAGCACCKUUAAGAGAUCAUAAGGACUUUCUCCACGAAGCAAAAAAGGCAAGAGAUAGAAAAAUGGCUGGAGAACCAAAUCCAGAGAUAAAHGGUGUACGAAGUGCAAGUAUUGCUUUCGGAUUUCCAGGUUAUGACAUUGUAGCAGGAACAGCAAUUGAUUACAUGYACACUGUUUUGCUGGGAAUAAUGAAACAAUUACUCACAUAUUGGUUURACAAAAAGCACCGUAAAAGUAUGUGGUAUUGCGGAAAAAGCAUCAAAACAUGUGAUYAUCGCAGAGCAAACAUUAAGCCCCCAAGCCAGGUGAGCCGCAUUCCACGAAGUCUUGAGGAGCGAGGACACUAUAAAGCUUCUGAGUUGAGAACAUGGCUUUUGUAUUACUCUCUUCCAGUGAUGCAAGGUAUACUUCCAGAAACUCACUACCAACAUUUAAUGCUGCUGAUUUGUGCAAUAUAUAUUCUCUUGAAACAAUCUAUUUCACCACAAGAUCUCAAGAAAGCUCGAUUACUUUUGGAACAUUUUUGUCUACGAGCUUCAUCCAUGUAUAAYGAGCGGUUUCAAACUUUUAACUUACAUCAGCUACUACACCUAACGGAUUGUGUUAAAAAUAAUGGACCUCUUUGGGCAUGCUCAUGUUUUUUUUAUGAGGACUUAAAUGGAGACUUGCGAAGCCUUUUCCAUGGUUCUCAGAAUGUGGAAGAACAAAUCAUUCGUUCUGUGGCAGCCCUUCAACAUAUACCAGAGAUUAUGGAAAAAAUGCAAGAGUCACAAGUAAAACAAUAUUGCCGGUCAAUGACCAAGAAAGAUGUUGGUUACGUCACUGACAUAAUUGAUGAGAAAUCCAAAAUAUAUGUCAUUGGCUGWUUAAAAUCAUUACAAAUCACUAAUUCUGAUGAAAUUGAUCAGCUUCAAAUUGCAGCAAUGAACACUGCCAUAUUUGACAUUGAAUAUCGAAUAUUCUAUCGCCUUAAAAUUGAUAAAGACAUUGUACAUAGCAAAGGAUAUCAGAGAGUAACAAAAAGAGAUUCAACAGUGGUUGAGUUCAAUAAGGAAGAUGAUUCAACAUCAUAUGGCUCAGUAAAAUAUUUUGUUGAGUUCAAAACGGAAUGUUCCAGUGCAAUGUGCACGACGAUCAGAUGUACUUGUAAAACCAAAAAAUAUAUAGCUAUGAUUGAUGAAUAUGAAAAAGAAGAGAGACAAUUAGAAAUUCCGGUUUGAAAGGGCCAAAGGCGAAAAUAUCACAUCUAAUUCCUGUUAAAAGAGACAGAACAAUCUUGACAUUUAUAUUUGUAAAUCAAAUAGUACAGUCUUGUUUUUACAUUGAUACUGGUUCAGGUAGUAUGUACAUAGGGAUUCCUCCAAACAGUAUUGAGAGAGAAUAAAAACAAAUUUUG